AUGAAUUUGUAUCUUUUCAUCUGUUUCUCCUUUUGGUUACAUUCCAUUUGUUGUUUAGCUCAAAAUGAACAACAAUCUAUAUUCAAUCAAUUAUACACUUUACUAACUGGUGAUAAUCAAACAUUCAGCAAUAUUAUUAUCUCAUCCAAAUGGUUAGAUUAUCUUAUUAAUUUGCCUGGAUCUGGUUAUUUAAUUGCAUUUAUUUAUUGGUUACGUCAUCCAGUCCUGUUGUGUUUGUUACUGCCAUUUUUAUUGAUUUUUUUCAUAUAUUUCACUGUCAUUCUGCUACAUUUAUAUCAUUUACGUUUUUGGUUACGUCGUCAUUUGAAUCGUUUAUUGGCUAAAUUUAGACAGUCUGCAUCAGUAUCAUCAACAUCAUCGACUAGUCAUUUAUAUUUAGAUUCAUUAGCGGAAUUAUUACGUCGUAUUGUUGCUGCUGUAUGGGAUUCACAUGGACGUAUAUUUCAUGGUUAUGAAAUUAUUGGUAUGGAGAAAUUACCGCUCACUGGACCAGCUUAUUUAGUUUAUUAUCAUGGAACAUGUCCAUUUGAUGCAUAUUAUUUUACAUCAAGAUAUUGUAUUGAAAGAGAUAGAUUUCCUGUUCCUGUUGUAGACAGAUUUGUAUUUCGUGUACCUGGACUUGGACGUCUAUUGGAAACAGUCGGUGCAAUCAAAGGUUCUGUUGAUGAAUGUGUUGCUCAUUUGAAACCAGGUCAUAUUCUUAAAAAUGGUAAAGUUUCUCAAGGUGAUGUAUUGUUACUCUCACCUGGUGGUGUUAGAGAAGCUUUAUUCUCUGAUGAAUUUUAUACAGUUAUGUGGGAGAAUCGUCGAGGUUUUGCACGUAUUUCUUUAUUAUCUGGACAACCGAUUUAUCCAAUGUUUACAGAGAAUAUUCGUGAAACUAUUAGAAUUGUACAAUUUGGCAAAAAUUGGUGGCGUUAUUUAUAUGAACGUACACGAUUACCUAUAGUGAUAUUUUAUGGUUAUUUCCCCGUGAAAUUAAGAUCAUACAUUGGUGAUCCAAUUUAUCCUUUGCCAAAUGAAACCUGUGAUGAAUUAGCUAGUCGUGUUCGUGUAUCCAUUGAAGAACUUAUCCGUAAACAUCAAUUAAUACCAUCAAAUCUAUUUUGUGCUCUAAUGCAACGAUUUCCUCUAUUUGAUCGUUGGUUAACCAAAUAUAAACAGAAACAAUCUCAUCGGUAAAAGCAAGCAAGCAAGCAAAUAAGAUUGAAUCAAUUUUCUCUCCUGGCAAAUAAUGUCUUCUCUUUUAAACUUUUAUUUCAAAUAAACAAUGAGUGGUUCAAUGUACAAAUAAAUUUUGUAUUUUGGAAGAAAAAAAUUAAUCAAUAUUAUUAUUAUUUUAAACAA